AUGAACUUUAUUCGUAUUCUAGAUCUGGUGGCGUUCAGUUAUUGUUGAUAAGAAAACGGGCGAAAAAGUGGAAAUAAAUUUAAGAAACGUUUAAAAAACCAAAAACAAAUUAAGAAAGAUUUAAAAAUACACAUAAAUAAGGAAAAAAUAAAAUACUUUUUUGGAAAAAAAAAAAAAAUAAUUAGAAGAAAUAUUAUAAGAAAUCUUUUAAAAAACACAAACAAAGUAACAAGUGCUACAUAUAAUUUAUUUAAAAAAAAAUAUUUGUUUAACGCAUAAUUGAUGACGAAUUGACUAGAACGAAGGAAAACAUCAUCAUAUUUCAAAAACAUCAUCUAAUUUCAAUUGCAGACAUUACGCCCUCUUUCAACAAUGAAGCAACCAAUUAUUCGAAUAUUAUUUUUAACCCUAAUUGGUCUCAGUUUAGUGGAAUUAACACCAGCUCAAGUCACUCUCGCUGAUAUCCGCGGCACUCUACAAUCUCUAAUUUAUUCUUACAAUCAGUUGGAUAAUAAAUUAGAACGACAUGAACAUCGUGAAAGGGCCUUGGGUGAAUUAUUAAAAAAAGGAAUGAUGGCCUUGCAAAAGGGUCAAAAGAAUUUGGAACCUAUAAAUGGUAUAUUCUCGCGUUUGGAUGAGCGCGUCAGUCAAAUAGAAACAAUGUUAAUAGCGCAAGAAGAAAAGUAUAACAUACAAACCGAAAAACUGGGAGAAGUUUUAGAACGUAUCUUCAAAUGGAUGCAAGAGAAUGAUGAAUGCUAUAAACGACCACCAGUAACACCAGGUGCUGCCUUAGUGGCAGCCAUCAAACCAGCAGAGCCCGCCAUACCACCAUCGUUUGUCAAGGAUCAAGAGGAAAUUAAUAAAAAACUUAUAAACCACAUGACAACGUUAACGCAAAAUGUUGACAAACUAUUAGACGUUUCAAACAAUAUGCUCGAGCACACAGAAGUGGCCUUCAAAACAAGUCCUGUUACCCAAGAAAAACUAUCGAAGAUAGAGGAUCAUUUAGUUAGUUACAGUAUGACUACACCAGCACCACCCCCACCAGCACCAGUUAUAGUACAAGCCAAUAAUACGGUAUUCGAAAAUAAGGUUAUUAAAAUGUUCGAAGAUGUUAACACCGGUUUGGCUCAACUUAAGGAAACGCCUGCUCCAGAAAUGGGUCUUUUAAUGGCUGACAAAGAGUUUAUACAAAGUUUAAAUAAUGAAACACUUAAUGCUUUGGAAAAUGUUAAAGCUAAAAUAUUAGAAGCCUCAGAAGAGGCUGUUACAAAAACUUCCACUGCAGUUGAAACUCACGGCAAGAAUUUGGCUUCAAACAUAGAAACUGUACAAAAGAAUGUGGUGGACUCUGCUGAAAUCUUGGAUAGAUUCUAUACUGAAAUGAAUAAUAGUUAUACUAAAUUCAAUGAAGGUCUGGAAAUCUUUAGUAAAUUCAACAAUAUUCUCAUGACUAAUUCCGAAUAUGUAUUGGAUACACAACGUAAGGUUGAAUUCGGUACUGUGCAAAUUGUACAGAAAAUAAGCGACAAUUUGGAAAAACAAAAAGAUGAAUUAUUCGAAAUAAUGAAAGAACGUUUUGACAAUGUCGACGAAAUGAUGAUGACCAAUCAAAUUGAAACUAUGCAGAAUUUCUCUUCUAUAAUUGAAGCGGAAAUCACACAAGUAUGGCAUCAAAUCUCUAUAAUGCAUGAAGAACUAAGUGAUACCAAGGAUCUGCUAAAGUCGGUGGAUGCACGCAAUGAAUUGGCUGUCAAUAGUACUUUUGAUAGCGUCAAUAUAAUGGGUCUUAAAGUGACAGACAUUAAAGAUCGUAUGCUAGAUAUGGAUUCAAAUUUAAAUUAUCUUUUGGGUAAAUUAUCGAUAAUUUCACAAGAAUUUAAUAACAUUAAGAAAGGCCUGGGUGAAUCUCUAGAGGAACUGCAUAAAACAUUCGAAGAAAUUCAAAAUAAAAUGCCACAAAUAUCUGCCGAACAACCAAAUUUGGGAAAAUAUGAAACGGAAUUGAAAUUGUUAUCGAAACGUAAUAUUUUAACUUAAAUUCCUUAUGAAAUGUUAACAUUUAAUUUAUAAAUAUAUUAAAAUUUAAAUGAAUACAAACA